GCCCAAUCUGGGGCCUCUUUGUCUGUUCAUGUUUGUGCGGUGCGCUGCAUCUGGGGACAUUCGCAUUUCAACGACCGACGACCGCAAUCCGGACCACCGCCCGGCGCCAAUGCGACCGUAGCGCUUCCGACUUCCCCCCUCUUCGCCCCCGUUCCUUCGCUAAGGUUCAUGACUUUUACGACGCAAGUCUCUCAAUACAACAACGAUGGACACGAGGAAUGGCUGGAGAGUCCGACGACUGGUCGACGAACCGAUAUACUGCGAGGCUCCCUACGACGAAUCGGACAUGUUAUGUGCGAGCUUUGACAACGAAGAUCUCGCGACCCUCAAAGAGAGGGAACGCCGAUAUGAGGAGGCUGCGACUCGGUUUUUGCAGGGGCACACGCCAAGACUACUCUCUACAGUUCUAAGAGGCCCUUUUGAAGGACCAGACGCAAAAGGUUGGGUGAAUCCAUGGCAGUCAAGGCGGAAACCUGCGUUAGCUGUCACCCCACCAGCACCAACGCCUGUUGUCAAAACGACCACGGAAGUCGAAGAAAGUCAUGCGGAAGAACAGGAUGUUGAGGAUGCAGCGGCUUGCCAUCUACCGAGCCCGCGAAGCCUGGAUCAACCCAACUUGAGCCCGCACCCUUUCAUGGAAACAGACGAACUGGAACGAGUUGAAGCAUGGCGUAAUACUACGGAAUCUGUCUGCGAUACACAAGAGUCUGCUUGGUCAUUAGAAGCCUCUCUAUCGCAGCCUAGGUCACAGACACAACGUAAGCGACGGUCAACAGGAUCGGAAUGGCUCAAGCGGCAAGACACCAAACGACGAAAGGCAGAGGAUACGAAUGGCAUUCGGGCGGGUUCGGCUGCUACCCAGCGCGAUAGCACAAGCCUGAGCCAAAGUCUAAUUCAGGAACAAGGGGACGCCGCCAUGGAGGAUGAGACUGCAAGCUUGGAGAGCUCUCAAAUAACACCACAAACUCCGCGCAAGGCUUUCAAUUCAAGCGCCAGUCGCUCGCACCAGGAACAACUGUCCCAAAUGUCCAACAAUUGCGCCAGUACUGCCCAAGACGAGAUGCCAGUGCCGCUAAGCACCCCGAUCCAGACUCCACAGUCCAAUAGGAAGGCAGUGGUCAAGAGUGAAGACGUGGCUCCGCCCAGCAAUAGUGUCACUGUGGUCAUGGAAGAAGAUCGUGGUGAAUUCGAGACACAGCAGGACGAGAGUUUCUUAUUCCGGGCAAGGCCGAGAAACCAUACCCUCAACGCCUUGAACUCAAGUCCCUUGAAGAGGAUGUCAUACGGCCAAGACUCUUCCGCCGCUUCCACUUCUUCGAGCGAGAGGGACUCCCAAGGCGAAGUCCAAGAGUUGGAGGGUGACACUUACAUGGCAGACGACACCAAAGCUACGUCCCCAGGGUCCAGCGAGGGGGGUGGAGAGUUGUCUGCCCCAGAGAAGGACACGGCGCAAGGAGGGGUGAGCCGCGAGCUUAUCUCUGAACCCCUGAGCAGUGGCAUAGCCCUCGAUGCGAUGAAAUGCGACGUGGACCCCACGAGAACGACAGACGACGAAGUUCCAGAAGUAGUCGAGAGCCUUGAUCAGCAUUUGCCAGUCGAGACGGCCGCAAUAGCAGAAGCCACGGAUGUGACAUCGAGUCAAGAACCGACGGUUGUGGCAAUUGCCGCAUCACAAGAGGGAGAAGAGGGGUUGCCUCUAAAAGAAGCAAGCCUAGAGCCACGAGCGCCGACGCCAGAAAUACAGGCGGCUGCGCCAAAGGAACCCGCAAGCCAAACCUCUAGCUCAUUCACGAGCAUACUGCCAAGUCUCUUUCCGCCAAGUCCCUGGUCGAAACUGAGCCAGUUCAUCAUUCCGCGCAGUCCUCGUCCACCUAGCAACACGGAACAGAACCACCAACAACUCACCACUGUCAACAUACCCACUGCUGGAGGUCCCAACGCUUCGCAGACACCGGCAACACCAUUGACGGCGUCAACUGCGUACACUGUUGAUCCUCUUGACGCACCUGAUGGAACAAUCGAACGACCUUCAACAUACACUAAGAAUAGAGUAGUGGACGCAGCCAGUCUUCACAACAGUCCUGCCCCCAUACCAGCUUCACAACAGAGUCCGUGGAAUAUGGACGUGCCAGUCGUUGCUCCACCUCCGCAGCAGCAACAGCCGAGGGAGAGUGAUGCAGUGAGCGCCAUCGACCCAAGCUGCCAAAGCCCUUGGACUGCGAGUCCAACCAAAAUUUGUCAAGCUGCUCAAGAAGCUCUCAUGUCAAAGUUCUUCAAUAUUGCCGAACCAGCUUCGCCUUCUCCGCUUGCUCCCGCCGCUACGAUGACUCCUGCAGGUCCAUCUGUCGCUACUGAACAACCCAACACCGUCGAUACGCUAAAGCCAGCUUCGCCUGAGGCUAUCUUCUCUAUCAAGUCCUUUGCGAAUUUCCUGUCUCCAUCGCCCGAGAAGCCACGUCGGCGUCUCAACAAGGCUCGCCCCAGUGCCGGUCAACUACCCAGUACACAAAUCCUGGUCGCCGCUACAACCAAUAAUCCAUGGCAAAACGUACCGAAGUCUACCAAAAGGGUCAGAUGGGCAUUAGUGCCCAAUGAGGUCGAAGGCGAGGAAUUCUUGGAAGGCCAAAAUCCCCAUACGCCUACGACGCAAAGAGCUUCUUCGCCGCCGCCAGAGACCGCAGUAGCUGACUUACCAACCGGUGAAGACGAUCAAUACAAGAAGCACUUCCAAGCUGUUUCACUUCGAAAGAAGCUACAUCACCACCUCUUGCCUUCAGCAUCUCAGCAAGUGUUAGAAAGUCCAGGUCCGAUGGCCAUGGCGGAGGCUUUUGUCUCCGCAGAUUCAUUUCGAGCACCUCCAGCCCCGGUCACCGGGGCCACCAUGCAUGUCGACGAUGCCCCACCAGUGCAAGAUGAUGCCGAGACGCAAGAGUCCGCCAUGGAUGAUGUCGAUGACGUCCUUAGUCACUUGAACGAGUUUAUCGCAAUGGUCGAUGUCGAAGCUGAUCUCGCGAGAGCUGAGGAGGAAGAGCAGAAGCAGAUCGAGGAACAACAGCAGCAGCGAACGAGCCAGCCUGUAAGCAGUGGCCUCGCACGCGGCUUCACUUUUGACGGGAUAAUGGACGCAGGAGUAUGGAAUUGAGCGUCUCCGGUUAAAGGAGAUGCCGUGGACGAUGCAUCGUAUAUCAAUGUGUUCAGAUGCAAGCAAGGAGUAGCCGUGCAGGCGGCGUCAUUAUGCGAAUUAUUAUACCAGCGAGGUGUUUGGGGUUCAUGACAAAAUACCAAUUGAUGGGUUGAGGAACUGCAUUGCUUUGCUUGGUCUGCGAUGAAAAGGUAGUUGCUACUCAGUCCAUUUAUUAUAGUUAGCGGUUCUGUCUUCAGCAAGACCCAACCCUUAGUCAAACAUAAUUAAAUCCAAUAACUUCAGCGUUCACUCCUGUCGUGGAUGAUCACAUGGCUGUUUGCCAGAUAGCCAGGCCGUCAAAGUUAGCGACAUUUCACAAUGGCUCUCAGGG